UGGUCUGGCAAAACUUUUGUUCCCCAUGGAAGCAAAAGUUGCAAUGGACAUUGCUCAAGUGGAUGGCACUUUUGAGUUCCCAUUAACUAUCCAUUCCGGGAAUGCACCUGGUGGCCAGAGGACUGUGGACUUAAAUGAAGCACCUUUCAAAAUUGAAGAGGAGCACCUCAAUAGGAUGAGAGCACUCUCGAAAACAGUGGAGCUUGGGAAACGCUUUUUCCCUCGUUGCUCAGAGGUACUCAAUAAUAUUAUGGAUGCUGAUAACUUACAAGAGCUUGCAUACCGGGGGAAUGAUAUCCCAGAGGAACGUGUACUGAAGAAGAAAAGGUACAUGGAACUCCAAGAGAUCCUGACUAAAGCAUUCCAUGAGGACAAAGAGGAAUUUGAGAAGUCUGCUGCCGUGUCGUCAUCGCUGUCUAAAACUUCCAUUAGAGCAGCAAGAUCUAGUAAUAAGCUCACGUUUAACAAGUAAAAUAGUACACUGAGACAGACGCAUACUUCAUGUUGUAUGUUGUAUUCAUAUGAUUCUUUCUUCUUUUUCCCAUUUUCUAAAUUUUGUUCUCUUUCUCAGUUCUUGUCUGUAACAUAUUUUUGAUCAUCUUGGGGUUUAAAGAAGGGAAUUUUGUUGUUAGUUUCCUGUUCUGAUAGCAAUUUAGAUAGCAGGCCUCACUUGUUUGUACUCA